GCCCCAUAUUCUGGACGUGACCCCGAGGAAAGUGCGGAUGCCGAGUAAACACUGGCGGGUCUUCAGCAUGUUGGCGGGCCAGGACGAGUCAGCAGUCGGUGGAAGAACUGCGAGUAACAGUCGGCAUUAGCCGCCAAGUGUGCGAUUUGCAGUCGCCCCCCCCCCCCACCCCGCCCUCCCCCCAAGCCUCAACCCCCCCACCCCCCACCAGUCGGAAAAAAAGGGAGCCAAGCAAACGUCAGUUGCCCGACAAUUCGGACGCGGUCACGCCGGGAGAAGGCAACACCGCGACGGCCGCCUCGCUCCGGCUAGCGCGCCCGCUCUUGGUCCCGUUUCUCGGACCUUAAGGCCUGCUCGUCGAAAGGGACAAUGCUUGACAUAAUGUCCGAGCACCAAGAUUCACUUUUGACGUGCAAAACUGAACCUUUGCCCCCGGAGAGGAAGAGAAGGACCGUGGAGGACUUCAACAAAUUCUGCAGCUUUGUCCUGGCUUACGCUGGCUACAUCCCCAAUCCCAAAGAGGAAAGCUCGUGGUCCCCGACGUCAUCCAGCUCUGCCCACAGUUCGUCUGCAGAUGGCGGCGGCGGCGGCUCCAUGAGCGGCACGUGGCCCGACGGCGGCCCAGACAUCCACACCAUCCACACGUUUGUCCACAAGGCCCGCGCCAACAAGGGCAAAAGCGUACACCCCGAUAGCACUUUGCUGGACAAGAUGCGCCUGAAAGACUCCCUGUAUGAGAGCCAGGCGGCCGGCGCCAAGGCGGAGCGCAAAAAGGACAAAAAGCACAAGAAGCCGUCGCUCGGCUUGGCCGUGGCGGCGGCGGACAGCGGCAGCAGCGAGGGCGAGAAGCGGCCGCGCAUCAAGCGCAGCAAGAACUCCAAGCAACCCAAAGCCAAGAAGCUGAAGAGCUCGGCGCCGCACAGCGACUCAGAAGAGUGGCGGCCCGGCCGCGGGGGACCCGCGCCGCACGCCGACCCCGCCCACAGCCCCCGGGCCGCCGACAAAAUGGCGCCCGACGAGGCCGUCGGGGAUGCCGAGAUGAGCUCCAGCGAGGGCGAGACCUGGAUCGCCGACGAAGACAUCAUGGUGGAAUCAGGCGACGAUUCGUGGGACCUGAUCACGUGCUACUGCGGCAAGCCGUUCGCCGGGCGGCCGAUGAUCGAGUGCAACCAGUGCGCCAUCUGGGUGCACUUGUCCUGCGUCAAGAUCAAGAAGUCCAACGUCCCCGACAUCUUCUACUGCCACAAGUGCAUGCACUCCAGGCGGUCGGGACACAAGAAAGACACUUAAACAAAACCACAGCAAAAGAAAGUUCUCUCUUUUUUUUGUUUUUUUUUUCUCUCUCUCUCUCUCUCUCUCUCUCUCUCUCUCUCUCUCUCUCUCUCUCUCUCU